AUGCACCUAAAGGCCGUUGGGAUGUACUGCACUCUGACGCUCUUGAGCUGGAGCUUUGCUCAAGGGUGCACCUGGAUGCAGCCUCGAGAAAAAGGCUCUCAAAGCAAUUUCAAAGUGAUCAGCUAUCACUCCAUACAACUGCUUGAACAGAUGGGCGAUGGAAAUACACAACGAAAAACCAGUGCUCAAAUCCUGAACAGGCUAUACGAACAUGCAGAAAAUAUGCAGGCUGAAGAACGCGUAUUUUUCAUCCACGAAGUCAUAAACAAUAUAAAAGAGCUCUUUAUUAAUGGCAAAUGUGACACUGUUACUUGGGACCAAAAAAACUUUCAGAUGUUCCAACUCAACCUCGAUCGUCAGGCCUCGGAGCUGAAACAAUGCAUCAGGAUACUCAAGUCCCGGGCAUCUCACGCAAGUUCGUUUAAGAAAAUAAAAAUAUAUUUCAAGAAAAUGCUCCUGGAAAGCAAGAACUACAGCACUGAUGACUGGGAGGCAGUCAGAGCCGAAGUCCUCACACAUUUACAAAGACUUGAUAUCCUGGCCAGCAUGGAAAAAUAG